AUGGCGUUUUUGCACCCAGACAUUACCGGCGAGAUGGAGGAUCUCCAUAUUGAGCGGUACACGAGGUUGGCGCUGCUCCUACUUUUUGGAGGUGUCUUGUUCCCAAACACUUUGGAAAGUCUAGUGAAUAUGCGCUUUCUCCAUCAUCUGCAGCAGCUAGAUGAUUUACCCCUGUACAGCUGGGGUGCUGCUGUUCUCGCAUACCUGUAUAGGAGCAUGUGCCGGGCGAGCAUGCUUUGCCAGGUGGACAUAUGUGGUUUUCUGCCCCUUUUACAGGUUUGGACCUGGCAGCGGAUCAUGCCGCUGCAGCCACCUCUACCAUCACUAGAGCCCGGUGAGGCUCAUCCAUUUCUCCCUCUAGCUUCUAGGUGGGUUCUUCGGCGUGAGAACUACCGAGGGACCGAUGCUCAUCAUAAUCUCCCCCUUGUCAGGGAUGUAUUAGAUAUGUUGAUGGCCGGACAGUUCAUCUGCACGCCAUACAGCGACGAGUUACUAGCUCAGUUGCCCGAUUAUUGCUCAGUAGACCGACUGCUUUGGAGCACCUCCGUCCUGAUGAUCUUCUUCGAUAUGGUUGAGUAUCAUGCCACAGAGCGUGUGCUUCGCCAGUUUCACCGUCCCCAUCCUAUACCGGGGGAGCCUGCAUGGGUGCCUACACACUAUCAGCGGGAUGACCGUACCAGGAUGGACGAAAGAUUUAUGGGAUGGCUAGAGCAGCAAGUCCAUAUUUGGGAGCAGCGAGGUGACCGUAUUCCGCCACCACUUUCAUUUACCCAGGAAGCUGCUAUUCAACUGUAUACGUCAUGGUACUGCCGUCACACCCAACUGAUGAUCGGGAACCCCAUUCAUGUAUUUGGUGAGCGCUACAGACCAUACGCCGGGAGGAACGAGGCACUGUCUAUUGGGCAUCACCUGGUCUACCAGUUAGGACAGGAGAUGCAGCAGCAUGCCGACAGUGCUGCACUCGUUGAGUAUGGACGGCGGGUGGCAGAUCUGGCUCGUCGGACCUUGUUUCAAGCGAUAGAUGGCGCGAG